AUGUCACUCGGCGAGAUACAGAGCUGGCAUGUUCCAAACUCAAUCCGAAAGACCAGAACGCUGUCAUGCAACUUGCCGAAUAUCACAAGCCCGACAUGGACGAGACGAAGCUCCAACGGAUUCUUCGGACAAACUCUUUCGGCCGGCUACCUUUACCUCACAAUCUCUCGCAUAAAUCACGCUUGCGUACCCAAUGCAAGCCAUCAAGACGGCGUCAUAAUAGCAGAGGAAACCAUUGCUACUGGAGAGGAGAUCUCCAUUUCGUACGACUCCGACAAGUAUGAGUGUCUCACAGCAGAACAACGAGGCAAGAUCAUUCAGAACACUUAUGGUUUCCAAUGUGACUGCAUAGCCUGUCGGGCAUCAGACAUUCGGAUGAUAUCCGACGCCAGAAGACAGCUGAUCCUCCAUCUCAAAUCAGCCCUACAAGGAUUCCAGCCACCCGAUCUCAACUUUUUGAAUACUGCAACGCAGACAGGCCUGUGGCAUUUGGACUGGCCGCCCACUCGAUCUCGAUUACCAAGACCUCUGAGCAAGACUCAAAAGAUCGAAUACACCUUCCUCCUAGCCAAGCUUCGUGAAGCAGAAGGCCUCCCAGGCGUGACUAUCGGCAAAGCCUACUCUGAGGCCGCAUGGCUCCUAUUCCAACAUCUGGAAGACUACGUGCUGGAAUGCCCAUUCCUCGAAGAUCUCGUCUUCCUCGAACCCGCUCGUUGCGUUCAAGCCUGGAUGCUAAAAGCCCUCGACCUCUACCAAAAGAGUUGUCCACCUGGACAUCAAAAUCUGCGUACCAUGCAAGAAAAUUGGGUUGAAAUGCGCCAGUUGCGCUUCGUCGGCGACUCAAAUCUGGCAGGAAGGUCGGUCUCUUCCAACCGACUUGUCCAUGACGACGAGCAACGAGUCUUCAGUCUGGUAAUAACUGCAAUAGCAUAG